AUGUCUCGUACUACCACCAUCCACAACUUCAAAGCUUGGCUCAAGGAGAAUGGCUGUGAACUACACGACGACAUGGACAUUGCGUACUCUCCCCAAUCUGGCUACAGUUGGAUAGCGAAGAAAGACAUAGCGCAGGAGACAGAGAUAGUCAGUGUGACAGAGGGUGUGUGCAUAACGCGUGAUUCCUGCAGGAAGCUGUUCCACGCCUUGAGCUACACGCCACUAAGAGAGGAUAUCCUCGUAGUCGUAUACCUAGCGCUGCACUACAACUACGACAACCAACCCGACUCGCUGCAAAGAGCACUGAAGCACCGCGCAUACGUCGCUAUGCUUCAGCCAAUAGGAAGCACGCUGACGACUCUCUACUGGACACCCACCGAGCUCGAGUACACGCAGCCGACGAGUCUGUACAACACAACGCGGGAGCGAGAGUUGCAAUGGCAAAGGGAUUACGUCGUCGUUACCGAUUGGCUGGCAUCUAAUGGUUUAGCGUCAUUUUCGUACGAUGUCUUCAAGCACUCUCUCACUAUGCUCUCCUCACGCUCCUUCCCCUCGAAACUGAUAAGCGGGAGUGGGAGCAGAAAUGCAGACACGAGCAUGAGUAGCAGUGAUAAUACGAGUGGCAGUAGCACACCGAUGCUCGUCCCUCUGUGGGACAUAGGCAACCACAAGCCCAUGUCGGCAGUGGUGUGGAAGGAUAGUAUCUAUACACGCACUUCCAAAAUAGCCAUCAGUCUGCCGCACGGUGCCUUAGAGGGUAGCGAGGUAUUCAACAACUACGGGGCCAAAGCAACCAAUGAGCUCCUUCUAGCUUAUGGCUUCGCUGUUGACAACCUUGAGUACGACAUAGUUCCAUUCAAGGUAGGUGCCGGUGCCGGUAUGGAUUUCUCGCAGCGCAAGCAAGACCUUUUACGCAAGUGGAAUCUAUUGCUUGAAGACGGCUCACUAUGCACAUUCAACCUCUCACUUACGCAGAACAUGCCAGUGGGAUUGCGCUUCUUGAUGCGCUCACUGGCUGAUGAGAACAUCAGCGACGAAGGCGCAUGCAGCCUGCAAACUCUCGAUGACUCCCCCUCUACUAACCAGGACAUCGAGUUCGAUCUCCACGCUGCACUCUUUCACAUGCUCGAGAAUAAGGCUAUGAGCACGUCGCAGACCCUCAAGACACUCCUCGCUAACAGAGACACUGUUAGAGAGAGUGUGCUCGUCAUGCUGCAGUCGCUGCUGACAAACCAGGUAAUUAUCCUUACACGCGCUGUUGACGCCAUCGAGGAGGUGUUGGAGCGUCUGUCCGCGUAG